CUAAGACCACCAAGCAUAAGAAUCCUUCUUUCUCUCCCUCAUAGAAAAGCAAGAAACUUCAAAAGUUCAUAAAAGCUUUUAUCCCUGGUAAUUUUUUUUUCUCCUUUUUCAAAUACAAAAGAUAAGCCAUAUCUUCCUCCUCUCACCAACCAACAAAAUCAAUCAAAGCAGGCAACUAUUUUUUUUGGUUUUUAUUUUUUGCCAAAGACUUCUUGCCAAACCCUAACUUUUUUUCUAAAGAAACUUAAAGAAUCAAGAAAUGAGCAGCCUCGAGGAAUCCCUAAGAUCUCUGUCCUUGGAUUACCUAAACCUACUUAUCAACGGUCAAGCUUUCUCCGACGUAACCUUCAGCGUUGAAGGUCGUCUAGUCCACGCUCACCGUUGCAUCCUCGCCGCUCGUAGUCUUUUCUUCCGAAAAUUCUUCUGUGGGACCGACUCACCACAACCCGGCGCAGGCAUAGAUCCGACCCGACACGGAUCAGUACCCGUGAGCCCAACAAGAGGCUCCCAGGCCCCAGCUGGAGUCAUACCAGUGAACUCAGUUGGGUACGAGGUGUUUCUCUUGCUGCUUCAGUUUCUUUAUAGCGGACAAGUCUCGAUCGUGCCGCAGAAACACGAACCGAGACCUAACUGUCGAGAGAGAGGAUGUUGGCACACUCACUGCCCAGCCGCCGUCGAUCUUGCUCUUGAUACUCUCGCCGCCUCUCGUUACUUUGGCGUCGAGCAGCUUGCAUUGCUCACUCAGAAACAACUAGUAAGCAUGGUGGAGAAAGCCUCAAUAGAAGAUGUGAUGAAAGUUUUGAUAGCAUCAAGGAAGCAAGACAUGCAUCAGUUGUGGACCACUUGCUCUCACUUAGUAGCAAAAUCAGGUCUCCCUCCGGAGAUUCUUGCCAAACAUCUCACCAUAGAUGUUGUUGCCAAGAUUGAAGAGAUUCGUCUCAAAUCUUCAAUUGCUAGACGUUCUCUAAUGCCACAUCACCACCACCAUGAUCUCACCGUCGCUCAAGACCUCGAAGAUCAAAAGAUUAGGAGGAUGAGACGAGCUUUGGAUUCAUCAGAUGUUGAGCUAGUGAAGCUAAUGGUUAUGGGAGAAGGACUCAAUCUUGACGAGUCCUUAGCACUGCACUAUGCUGUUGAAAGCUGUAGUAGAGAAGUAGUGAAGGCUUUGCUUGAACUCGGUGCAGCCGAUGUGAAUUACCCGGCAGGUCCCGCGGGGAAAACACCGUUGCACAUCGCUGCUGAAAUGGUCUCUCCGGACAUGGUGGCUGUUCUGUUAGACCACCAUGCUGAUCCAAAUGUAAGGACGGUCGGUGGAAUCACUCCUCUUGAUAUCCUUAGGACGUUAACUUCGGAUUUCUUGUUCAAGGGGGCAGUACCUGGUUUGACUCACAUUGAACCUAACAAGCUUAGGCUUUGCCUUGAGCUUGUUCAAUCCGCUGCAAUGGUGAUAUCACGAGAAGAAGGAAACAAUAGCAACAAUAAUGAUCACAACAAUGCGAUUUACCCUCAGAUGAACGAUGAGCGCAAUAGUGGAAGUAGUGGAGGAAGUAAUAACAAUUUGGAUUCAAGAUUUGUGUAUCUCAAUCUUGGAGCGGGUCAGAUUGGUCCUGGUAGGGACCAUGGAGACGACCAUAACAGUCAGAGGGAAGGUAUGAGUCGGCAUCAUCAUGACCCAUCUACUAUGUAUCAUCAGCAUCACUUCUAGUUCUCUUUUAGUCUCUAUCUCGACCAUUAAAACUCAAAAGUAUAUUUAUUAAUUUAGUUCUUAUAUUUUCUAUAUAUACUUUUGUAUAUGGAAAUUGAGGACAUACGAAGAAGAGUAGCAUGAAGGAAUUUGAGUUCAUGCAUUAUAUAAUUAAAAGACUUAGGUUUAUUUAAUCUAGUUCUCUAGAGUUGUAUUGAUUAGUCAUUUGAUUAAUUUUGUCAUCAGUUAA